AAAAUCGCUUCUGCACUGACGUCAAUGCAUGUCGAGCGCCAGCACAUCAUUCCUCGUGCGGAGCAUCAGAGCGGAAUGCGCUCGCCUUUCAUACUCAUGUAGAGAGAGACCUUAUCUGGAAAAGGAGAGAUGUGCACGAGCCAUUGGCACCCACGUGCCCCUUUUGCAAGUCACAUUUGGCAUUAGACACAAAAUUACACCCCGCCACUUGAAUUGCACGUAACGAACAGGUGAAGUUGUCCAAAUCAUUCCCACACUAGAAAACUAUGGUCAUGGCCGCCCAAGAGCAAACGGCGUCGCAGCGCGCUCCGGUUCGCGUCGGAUUUUAUGAUAUCGAGCGCACGCUGGGCAAAGGCAAUUUUGCAGUUGUGAAGCUGGCGAGACAUCGCAUCACCAAAUCAGAGGUGGCCAUUAAGAUCAUAGACAAAACCCAGCUGGAUGCUGUGAACCUGGAGAAGAUCUACAGAGAGGUAGAAAUCAUGAAGUUGUUGGACCAUCCACACAUCAUCAAGCUUUACCAGGUCAUGGAGACCAAAAACAUGCUUUAUCUGGUCACAGAAUAUGCCAGGAACGGUGAGAUAUUUGACUACCUGGCCAGCCGCGGGCGGCUCAGCGAGAUGGACGCGAGGAGGAAGUUCUGGCAGAUCCUCUCAGCGGUGGAGUUCUGCCACGAGCGCAACAUUGUUCACAGGGACCUGAAGGCCGAAAACUUGCUACUGGAUGCGCACAUGAAUAUCAAGAUAGCAGAUUUUGGCUUUGGUAAUUUCUUCCGUCCCGGUGAGCCUUUGACCACGUGGUGCGGCAGCCCCCCAUAUGCGGCGCCAGAAGUGUUUGAGGGACAGCAAUACGAGGGUCCGCAACUCGACAUCUGGAGCAUGGGGGUGGUUUUGUAUGUGUUAGUGUGUGGCGCUCUUCCAUUCGACGGCCCCAGUCUUCCUGUCCUCAGACAGAGGGUCUUGGAGGGCCGUUUCCGCAUCCCCUACUUCAUGAGCGAAGACUGUGAGCACCUGAUCAGAAAGAUGUUAGUUUUGGAUCCAGCCAAGCGCUUGUCCCUGAGUCAGAUCAAAGAGCACCGCUGGAUGGUGCAGGAGGUCCCGUCUCAGAGACCUGUGCUGUACAGACAAGGCCUGCCCAGCGAUAGUAAAACUGGCUUGGGUGAACACAGCGAGCAGGUGCUCAGACUCAUGCACAGCCUCGGCAUUGACCAGCAGAAGACCAUUGAGUCUCUCCAGAACAAAAGCUAUAACCACUUUGCUGCUAUCUACUACCUGCUUGUGGAGCGCUUGAAAGCGCAUCGCAGCAGUUUCCCUGUGGAACAGCGUUUGCACGCCAGCCAGCGCCGCCCUAGCACCGUCGCUGAGCAGACUGUUGUCAAGACAAAUGCAGUUCAAUCUCAAGUAGGCACCCCUUCACAGACAGCACAUCAACUGCGUUCUCCUGUCCUGCUGCAGACCACCACAGAUACGUUUACUUUCCCACAAACCCCUGCUUUACCAGACCAGGCCCUCAUGGAGGAAGAUGUGGGCAUUCCCAAGGUGAACGGGUACCUACUAGACCCGCUCCCGCCGGUCAUCGCCCGCAAAGUCAGCAGCUCUCUGCCUGGUAACGUUAUGGAGACAUCCAUCGAUGAGGGUAUCGAGGCAGAGGAGGUGCACGCUGCGCCUCUCACUGCCUUUAAUGCUGCUCGCUUUAGUCAGCGAAGGCAUACUCUGUCUGAGGUCACCAACCAACCGCCCGUGCUGCCCAUCACAGGUCUUAACCCAUCUCUGGGCAGUAUGGACUCAGAAUACAGCAUGGGUUCAACUCAAAGUGACUUCAGCUUGCCUGAGGAGAAUUCAGCUUUAAAAGAUGCAUUAAACACUACACCUGCCAGCUCCACCGCUCCGGACUUCCUCAACAUGAAGCCACCUGACCCCACCCUACAGAUGACCAACCCAGAAGGGCAGGAUGCUCAUAAUCCUUCACUAGUCAGUUUCAGAGAGGGACGCCGGGCAUCUGAUACAUCCCUUACGCAAGGUUUAGGGGCAUUUAGGCAACACCUCCAGAACCUGGCCAGAACCAAGGGCAUCCUGGAGUUAAACAAAGCCCAGAUAGUGUUAGGAGAUGCUGGAGGAAAUACAAAUGUCAUCAUUAACACGCAGGAGCUACUAGACCCUCAUCAUCCAUACAGUCACCAGGGUGACGGACGCCAAUGUCCAAGUGGAAAAGAUACAACAGUGUUCGCUGGUAAGAUGCACCCUUAUAUGCUGUCCAGAAGGCAGAGUUUGGAGACACAGUACCUCGCUCAGAGACUACAGAGGGCCAGUCAGUUGUCUAGUGGUCUUGGAAGUGGUCAGGCAUUUUGUAAAGAGGCUGCACCACGCACUUUGGAGCAACAACUACAAGAGCACAGACUACAGCAGAAACGGCUCUAUCUCCAGAAGCAGUCUCAGGUCCAGGCUUAUUUCCACCAGAUGCAGCUUGCAGAGGAUCCUUACACCCCUCCUCAAGAUCCCCCUUCUUUCACAAGGACCCAGACCCUAACCCCCUUUCUGGAGCCCAGCACCAAGUCAGCCCCCUACUCGGACUGGUCUCCGGCACCUCCACCCAAAUCUUCAGACGGCCAUACACACUAUACACCGUCCCUCCCUCCCGAGCCUCUUUAUGCGUGGAGUCCCACCCAUCCUGGACUCCCACCAGGUAAAGCGGAGUCUCCAUCACCACAGCCCGCUCCCGAAGUUCCCUUGUUGGACUGUGAGAUGGAGACCGCAGAGGCCCCGCAAGGCUGUGUACUCGUCAACUAGAUGUUUAUUGGUUAAACAAGCCACUCUGAGGCUGGAUCUCAGGCACGACUCAUUUUAGGGAAGUACUGAUGGAAGAAAACCUUCAGGGUCAAUAAGGAUGCCAUGGUUUGUGUCCAGCUACAUAUAAACCUACAGACCAUACCAUCUCGUGCACUUGGUCCUGUGGUAGACCAUUACAGACCUUCUGUUUAAAAAGUUAUUUGAGAUGUGUUAGUGUCUUGAAAAUGCGUUCGGUAAGCACAAAUUAAACAGUGCAGCUACCUUAGAGUUUCGAUCAGUAUUAAAGCAAUAUUCCUUUUUUCCUGUACUACUUUCAA